CCGUACAAGACGUCACGAGUUAUGGGGAUGGUCAUGGGGAGCUGAAGAAUAACAGAAGUUAGCUACAAAAACUACGAAUCUAAUGAAUUAAAUUCGCCACUGCUGGCGCUAGCUUGCGGGGGCCACCAUGGCUAACAUCACGAAGAAAGUUUCGUGGUCCAGCCGGGCCGACGAGUCCGGGGCUCCCGGGGAGGGGACACCGCUGCUUAACGGCUCCGAGCAGCCGAGACUCUCCAGACAGCUGUCUGGAGGAGGAAAUAUAUUUCAUAUAGGCAGACUGAGCACGGUGGAUUUGGAGGAGGAGAUGACAUCAGAGGAGGACUCUCUAAGAGGGCGACCCAAAGAGAUCCCUCACAACGAGAAGCUGCUGUCACUAAAAUUUGAGAGUUUGGACUAUGAUAACAUCGAAAACCAGCUGUUUCUGGAGGAGGAAAGGAGGAUGAGUCAUAUGAGUUUCCGCUGUCUGGAGAUCAGUCGCUGGGUCGUCUGCGGUCUUAUCGGCUUCUUCACCGGCCUCAUUGCCUGUUUCAUAGACAUCGCUGUGGAGCAACUUGCUGGGGUCAAAUACCAAGUGGUCAAAGAGAACAUUGAGAAGUUCACAGAGGUCGGCGGGCUCUCCAUCUCUCUCAUCCUCUGGGCCGUUCUCAACUCUGCCAUCGUCAUGCUGGGCUCCAUCAUUGUAGCGUUUUGCGAGCCCAUAGCAGCAGGAAGUGGAAUUCCUCAGAUAAAAUGUUACCUGAACGGAGUCAAGAUUCCCCGAGUGGUACGGCUAAAGACACUGAUGGUAAAAGUGGGCGGUGUUAUCUGCUCAGUGGUUGGCGGGCUUGCUGUAGGAAAGGAAGGUCCCAUGAUUCACUCUGGUGCAGUCGUAGCUGCAGGAGUUUCUCAGGGCAGGAGCACCUCAUUAAAAAGAGACUUCAAGAUCUUUGAAUACUUCCGCAGAGACACAGAAAAACGUGACUUUGUGUCUGCCGGAGCUGCCGCUGGAGUUUCAGCUGCUUUCGGAGCACCCGUUGGUGGUGUUCUGUUUUCUCUGGAGGAGGGAGCGUCUUUCUGGAACCAGAUGCUGACGUGGAGGAUAUUUUUUGCUUCCAUGAUCUCCACCUUCACCUUGAACUUCUUCCUCAGUAUCUACAACAAAAACCCAGGAGAACUUGCAAACCCUGGUCUUAUUAACUUUGGACGCUUUGAGACUGAUAGUUUGGCCUACAACCUCUAUGAGAUUCCCUUGUUCAUUGCAAUGGGAGCUAUAGGUGGAUUGCUUGGAGCUCUGUUCAACGCCCUGAACUACUGGCUGACCAUCUUCAGGAUCCGCUAUGUUCAUCGUCCUUGCUUGCAGGUGAUGGAAGCCAUGUUGGUUGCUGCAGUAACAGCGACAGUGUCAUUCACCAUGAUCUACUUCUCUAAUGAUUGUCAGCCACUGGGACCAGAGCACACAGAAGAGUACCCACUGCAGCUGUUCUGUGCAGAUGGAGAGUAUAACUCCAUGGCAACGGCCUUCUUUAACACUCCUGAGAGAAGUGUUCGAAGUCUCUUCCACGACCCGCCAGGAACCUACAAUCCUCUGACCCUGGGUUUGUUUACUCUCACUUAUUUCUUCCUGGCGUGCUGGACAUACGGCCUGGCCGUGUCUGCUGGAGUCUUUAUUCCCUCUUUGCUCAUCGGAGCAGCCUGGGGUCGCCUGUUUGGGAUACUGCUGGCCUCCAUCACUUCUACUGGCUCAAUCUGGGCUGACCCGGGUAAAUACGCCCUGAUAGGAGCUGCAGCUCAGUUAGGUGGCAUCGUGAGGAUGACCCUCAGUUUGACUGUCAUCAUGGUGGAGGCAACAGGAAAUGUCACUUACGGUUUACCCAUCAUGCUUGUCCUUAUGACUGCCAAGAUAGUAGGGGACUACUUUGUAGAGGGUCUGUAUGACAUCCACAUCAAGCUGCAGAGUGUCCCCUUCUUAAACUGGGAGGCUCCUGCCACAUCCCACUGGCUGACUGCAAGAGAGGUGAUGAGUUCACCGGUCACCUGUCUGAACAGGAUAGAGAAGGUGGGAACCAUUGUAGAUGUUCUAAGCAACACAUCGACCAAUCACAACGGUUUCCCUGUGGUAGCGGAGGUUUCAGCCAGUGAGGAGGCACCAAAGCUCUGCGGUCUCAUCCUCCGCUCACAGCUCAUCGUUCUCCUCAAGCAUAAGGUGUUUGUGGAGUUGGCCCGGACCCGGCUGACCCAGAGGAAGCUCCAGCUGAAGGACUUCAGAGAUGCAUAUCCCCGUUUCCCCCCGAUCCAGAGCAUCCACGUCUCCCAGGAUGAGAGGGAGUGUAUGAUGGACCUCACAGAGUUCAUGAAUCCAACACCUUACACUGUGCCACAGGAAACGUCUCUCCCUCGAGUGUUUAAGCUGUUUAGAGCGCUCGGACUCAGACACUUGGUGGUGGUGGAUGAUUCAAACAGGGUGAUUGGGCUGGUGACCAGGAAAGACUUGGCCAGAUAUCACCUGGGGAAACACGGCUUAGAGGAACUUCAGCUGGCCCAGACAUAGUACACAAACACACACAAAUACCAGUUACUAUGAUCACCAUAUGCCUCCAUGUCCACCAGCUAUGCAGCCUUUAAGGACAUAAACAAGGUCCACAAGGUCUCCGUUACUCUUUGAUGCCAAAAUGGUCUCAAAGACAACACAAGGAGCCCGCCCCAUUGCUUUUCUGGCCUUCUUUAGAGACACAUUUUAAAUACGAAACAUUUGAGAUCAUAACUGCCCCUAAAGCACACAUUUGCCUUGUUAGCGUGUGAAGAGAUUUUCUUGUGGUUGUUUGAAAAAUAAUGGAAAAAAAACUCUAAAAACUAGUCAAAUUAAAUCGGAAUGACGUGGUCUUUUUAAAAUAAAACGAAAUAGCUUUAACUCCCAAAUUCUGCAGUCCAAUUGUGCAGCAUUGGUUCUGCACCUUUACCUUUGUCCACUUUCUCAGAGCAGAUGGAUCACAAGAAAGAAAAACACACAAGCGUGAUACUUUGCCUGUUCAAGGUUGAUUUGUUGUUCAGUUUUGCUUCCUGUUUUCACAUGAUGUGGAUUUAGUGACGGGGUAAAUGAUCCACAUUUUGAUCAGAUGCUAUACAUUCCCAUGUGUUUCCCCGUUAAGCUUGAUCUGCUGGGUGCAGAUUGGCACAAGUUGGAAGCGGGCUCGGCUGAAUCUAAAGAGUGGAGUUGCGCUUCUAGCACGUGCCAGGAAGACUUCAGCACAUGCUGUGGAAACCCUAAGAUUGAAUAGACAGCGAAUGAUUAGCUCCAGAGUUUGCAGUGCAGACGGACUUUGUGGAAACUUGUGGGUCAGAAAACAAAACCAUAAAAUCAGAAUCCUUAUUAAUAGCUGGUACGUGUCUCUGUUUUUGUCUUAUUCUGCCCCAUCAUCAGUCAAAUAUUACUUCCUUUUUGUGGCAGUAAAUAAAUUUGCAUAUUUAGUAUUUCUACUUUGCACUUGUUAUGUUUUCCGAUUGAACUCGAUGAGAAUUUUUGAAUGGUUUGCUUUGAUUUUGAGUGAGUGGUCAUGUUCUAUUUAAAUGUUAAAGUAUUUUCCAUUGUGUAGUUUAUGUUUUUGCACUGAAUGAAAGCUGUUAUUUAUUGUCGAUGUUUUAAUUUAAGCGUGUGGUUUAGACUAAAACUUGUUCUGGUUCACAUAACACAAUUGAGGACAUUUUCAUAAGUAUUAUUUGACAAGAGAGGCAUUUUUUUAUCUUUAUCUAGCAGAAGAAAUAGAUAUGAGGAUGCAUUCUUCUUGCUGUCUUUCUACAUACUGAGCAGAUCUAUAUUUAUACUUCUGUCAUUAAAAGUGGGCUGAUGUUUUAUCUCACCCCUCCAGAUGUUUGCACUUUGACGUACUACUGAAAAGGCUUUUUUGAAGAAACACACCUGUCCCUCCUAAAGCUCUGUAUGAAUGUAAACUUCUCUCUACAACAUAAUCAGUUUUUGCUGCAGAACCAUAUUUAACACUCAGAUUUUGAUUCAUAGUAAUUUUAUUAUUUCACACUCAUCUUCACCCAGUGUUGUUUUUUUUCCGCUGUACACUUCGUUGUUUCUUUGAAUUUUGUGCCCUUUGAGCCUUUUGUUUUUGUUGUACAGAUCUUAAUGUAAAAUAUAGUCAAUGCUCCAUUUUGUAACCACUGGAUAAGCCUUUUUGUGAAGAUAAUAAAGUUGAAAUUUAUCUAUUGUUA